AUGGAUUCGCUGUCAACCAAUCCCAUGUGUUCGUGCGCAACGGGUGCCGACGGUUCUGGAGAAAGGUACAAGCAAGGGCACAUGGCGCAGCACGUGCAGGGAGCGGCGUUCAACUGGGCGCACCUGAUGGGGAAGAACUUCUUCCACUUCACCGUCGAGCUCGUGCCGCUCUUCCUCGUCGUCGCUCCCCUCAUGCCCACGCUCAGAACGCUGCCGAUAAUCCUCAGGAAACCCCAGUGGCUGUACUACGACAAGUGGGCGGCACCUGUACUGGGCAUACAGCGAGACACCAUGCGCAUGCUGCCCAUCUAUUUCAAUGACCUCAUCCAUGUCGACGUGCUUUACCAGCCCAUAUACCAAGAUUGUGAUCGUCCCAGCCCGUCGCUCUGGCAACUCCUGCGCAGGCGCCACCUCCUCCACCCCUCUGGCCUGCCUCUCUUCAACCCUGACUGGACCUACCGUCAACAUCACGCGCCCCUCUCUGCCUCUGAGGCGCGCGCCUUCCCACCCGACUGGGUGGUGGUGCUGGCGAGUCGGCCAGAGGGCGGGGCGAGGGCGCUGGUGAACAAGGGCGACGUGGAGGGGGAGUUGGUGCGGCGCUUUGGGCGAGAGCGAGUGGUGGUGUUUGACAGGUCCAUGCCCAUUCUGCAAGCCCGGUCGUUUUUCCGGCGCACACGGUUCCUCCUGGGAGUGCGCGGAGCAGCUCACCAACACCACAUGCCCGAGGGGGCCGCGCUGCUCGAGCUGCGCCCUAGGGGCUGCCGCAUCACUGCUGUUUCUGAUUUCCCUUUCUUCCUCCUGCUAUCCCCUGCUUCAUCCGGCUCCCCCCUAUCUCCCCUGUUCCCUUAUCCCCCUUCCCCGCCUCUUGGUCCCUCAGCCCGCCUGCUAUUCCGGCGGACCCGCUUCCUCCUGGGGGUGCACGGAGCAGCGCUCACCAGCACCAUCUUCAUGCCCAAGGGGGCCGCGCUGCUCGAGAUGCGCCCUAGGGAUUGCCAAAUCACUGUGUUCCACCCACUUGCUGCCGCCUGUUCCAUCGCAUACCAUCUGCUGCUAGCUCAGGGGAAUUGUUCUUCUCCUGCAGUGGUGGAUUUGCCGAGCGUGGCUCGGGUGUGUUCAUCUUGCCUCAUCACCGGCAGCCCGCAGUCAUCUCAACAUUACCCUCUCAGGCGCGGCUCUUCUGUGCGCAUGUCCGUGACUGUGUUGGCGCCACACUGCCUCACACGCGCCCCCCUCACUGCACCCCCUCCGUCCGUCCCUUCCACUCUUCCACUCUCACUCCCCUCUCCCCACCCUCCCCUUCUUUCUCUCAGCAGCGCUGGCUGGCAUGGGCAAGGGGAAGCUGAUAGCAGCAGCGGGCGGAGAGGAAAGCCCCAUUUCAUAUCCCGCCUUCCUUCUCCACUGCUUCCCCACUUCGGAACUUGCAGAAGGCAGCAGCAGGAGCAGGUUUUCAACAGCAGCUGGUGGCAGCAGUGGAGGCGAGCGGACGCGAAGACAGACACCAACAUGCGGUCAGUGAAAGGGGGGGAGGAGGCUGCUUGCGAUGAGAGAAGAGGAGAGGGGGAGGGGUUGCAUUCAGUGGGAGAGCCCUUCCAUCCCGCGCCGGGGUGUGCCGUGCCAGUCGUUCGCCCACGUGGGGCACAACUUGUACUGCGGCUGGAGUGCACUCACCACUCUCAGGCAGCACGCGCUGGUGGACUGGCAGAAAGGCCGCCCUUCUCUCUACUCCCUCACACCGGCAGGGGUGGCGGCAGCACAGAUGUGCAUGGAGCGAGCAGGGCUGCAGGCAGACUCUCUCGUGCAGCCAUCAGAUGCUCCACCGUCCUCUACCGCUCUGCCACCCUCCACCACCGCUCUGCCAUCCGCCCCUCCACCAGCAGCUAUGCCUCCAUUACCCGCCCACCAGCUAGUUUUCCCUUUCCUCACCUCCUUGUCAACUUCACCCUGCUCUUCCACUCCCAUCCUCUUAUGUUUCUCCUUACUCCCGCUCUGCAUGCUCAUCUGGCGAACCGGGCAGUCCAGCUCACUGCAUUUCUCUCUCCCCGCACCUUCCAUCUGCCCCACAGGGCAGCACAGCUCACGGAGUUCCUCACUAGAGUGGAAAAGCUUCCGGCACAGGUCGCAGCACUGCCUGUGGGCGAUGCCCUCUGGGUGGCUCAGCCGCUCACUCCACCCGCCUCAUCCACUGCACCCCCCUCCACCUCCUCCUCCUCUCCACCCUCCUUCGCCCCGCCAUCCUCCUCCUCUGCUAUUCCCCCAUCUGCUCUCCCUGCUGCUUCGUCUUCCACUGCUCUGCCCGGCUCUCUGUUCUGCUUGGAGUGGGUGGCAGAGCGCAAGAGAGUGGAUGACUUGUGGCAGUCAAUCAAGUCAAAGCGAUUCAAGGAUCAGAAGCUGAGGAUCAAGCACUGUGGUCUUCGCCGCCCAAUCUACGUGGUGGAGGGCAAUCUGGACGCCAGCAACGGAGCGGAGAGCCUGCGCACGGCGUCCGUCCAAACAUUAGUGCACGACGGCUUUGACGUGCAUCACACCACGUGCAUCGCUCACACGCGCCGCCACUACGCUCAUCUCACUCGGGCCAUCGCUGACAUCUGCAACCGCCUCUCCACCGCACCCCACCACACAUCCUCGAGUCAGAUGCCCCAUUCUCCCGCACUCCAUGCCUCGUCCUCCUCUCCCACUCCUCGCGACUUCUGCGUCACCUUUGAUCAAUUUCUGGAUGACUGCCGAUCCUCACAGGCUCUCUCAGUGGGGGAUGUCUUUGGUCACAUGCUGCUGCAGGUGAGAGGCCUAACAGUGGACAUGGCUACGGCCGUCCUCCGCCGCUACCCCUCCCUGCCUGCCCUCCACGCUGCCUACACCUUUCUCGAGGGAAACCGGGAGGCACAGGAGCGACUGCUGUGUGGUGUGAAUGUGAAGGGAAAGGCUGUCGGUGCUGCAAUCAGUAAACGGGUUCAUGAGCUCUUAUGUACACCCAUCUAA